UACUUAUUCUUUUCUGCUUUAUUUUCUAUGCUUCCAUGUUCCUCUUGUUCCUCUUCUCACAUUUAAGACAUUUCCUCGCUGGUGGUUUCGUCGCUCAGGCCUGAUUGAGGGGCUGAUCCCAAAAUUCAGGCUCUAAACAACCUGUUGAAAGAAGCAGCGCAAAUCCCAGGUAACCAUGGAGACGGUGGCGUGGUGAGAGCCCCGCGCAGGCGCGUUACAUCCCAGGCCCGCCCGCCGGUCCCUCUCUCGGCCUCAGACUCCACAGGCUGGUGAGGAGUCCGGGGCGUGGGCCGUGGGCCACGGGUAGGGGCGGAGAGGGCCCGGGCUGGGCGCCUGCGCAGACGCCGGGCCGCUGGUGUGAUCGAGCUCACGUAGCGAGGGUUGCAGUCGCCUCCUCCUCAGCGCAGCCGUCGCAGUCUGGAGGUUAUAAAAGGGCUAACUGGCUCCCUCUGCUGCCCAGUCGCGCCGCCAGCGGGCUGAGGGAAAGGAGUAGGUAGCCGGCCGGGUGCAGGCGACCGGGUACUGAAGAACGCGCAGCUCUCGCGUGCCACUUCCCAGGUGGGUUCUUUACCAAUGAACCACCAGGGAUGCCCAAACCCUUGACAUCUGGAAAAUACUGAAAAAUAGGAAGAAAAAAAGAAAUCACGUAAUGUUCUGCUCUCCAGAGACAACUACAUUUUGGUGUGUGAGCCUGUAAAAUUAAACCUUUGAAGAUGAUCCGGUAUAUUUUAGUUGUAGGGAUUCUACUUCCCCAGUCUUUGGCCCAUCCAGGGUUUUUUACUUCUAUUGGUCAGAUGACUGAUUUGAUUCAUACUGAAAAAGAUCUGGUGACUUCCCUGAAAGACUAUAUAAAGGCAGAAGAGGACAAAUUAGAACAAAUAAAAAAAUGGGCAGAGAAAUUAGAUCGGUUAACCAGCACAGCGACAAAAGAUCCAGAAGGAUUUGUUGGACACCCUGUAAAUGCAUUCAAAUUAAUGAAACGUCUGAACACUGAGUGGAGCGAGUUGGAGAAUCUGGUCCUUAAGGAUAUGUCAGAUGGUUUUAUCUCUAACCUAACCAUUCAGAGACAGUACUUCCCUAAUGAUGAAGAUCAGGUUGGGGCAGCCAAAGCUCUUUUGCGUCUUCAGGACACCUACAAUUUGGAUACAGAUACCAUCUCAAAGGGUGAUCUUCCAGGGGUAAAACACAAAUCUUUUCUAACAGUUGAGGACUGUUUUGAGUUGGGCAAAGUGGCCUAUACAGAAGCAGAUUAUUACCAUACAGAACUGUGGAUGGAACAAGCCCUGAGGCAGCUGGAUGAAGGCGAGGUUUCUCCCAUUGAUAAAGUCUCUGUUCUGGAUUAUUUGAGCUAUGCAGUAUACCAGCAGGGAGACCUGGAUAAGGCGCUUUUGCUCACGAAGAAGCUUCUUGAACUAGAUCCUGAACAUCAGAGAGCUAACGGUAACUUAAAAUACUUUGAGUAUAUAAUGGCUAAAGAAAAAGAUGCCAAUAAGUCUUCUUCAGAUGACCAAUCUGAUCAGAAAACCACACUGAAGAAAAAAGGUGCUGCUGUGGAUUACCUGCCAGAGAGACAGAAGUACGAAAUGCUGUGCCGUGGGGAGGGUAUCAAAAUGACUCCUCGGAGACAGAAAAAACUCUUCUGUCGCUACCAUGAUGGAAACCGGAACCCUAAGUUUAUUCUGGCUCCAGCCAAACAGGAGGAUGAGUGGGACAAGCCUCGUAUUAUCCGCUUCCAUGAUAUUAUUUCUGAUGCAGAAAUUGAAAUUGUUAAAGAUCUAGCAAAACCAAGGCUGAGCCGAGCUACAGUACAUGACCCUGAGACUGGAAAAUUGACCACAGCCCAGUACAGAGUAUCUAAGAGUGCCUGGCUGUCUGGCUAUGAAAACCCUGUGGUGUCGCGAAUUAAUAUGAGAAUCCAAGAUCUAACAGGACUAGAUGUCUCCACAGCAGAGGAGUUACAGGUAGCAAAUUAUGGAGUUGGAGGACAGUACGAACCCCAUUUUGAUUUUGCACGGAAAGAUGAGCCAGAUGCUUUCAAAGAGCUGGGGACAGGAAAUAGAAUUGCUACAUGGCUGUUCUAUAUGAGUGAUGUGUUAGCAGGAGGAGCCACCGUUUUUCCUGAAGUAGGAGCUAGUGUUUGGCCCAAAAAGGGAACUGCUGUUUUCUGGUAUAAUCUGUUUGCCAGUGGAGAAGGAGAUUAUAGUACACGGCACGCAGCCUGUCCAGUGCUGGUUGGAAACAAAUGGGUAUCCAAUAAAUGGCUCCAUGAACGUGGACAGGAGUUUCGAAGACCAUGCACCUUGUCAGAAUUGGAAUGACAAAUGAACUUUCUUUCUCUCCUGUUGUACUCUAAUGUGUCUGAUACACACAAUUCCCAGUCUUAACUUUCAAGAGUUUACAAUUGACUAACACUCCGUGAUUGAUUCAGUCAUGAACCUCAUCCCGUGUUUCAUCUGUGGACAAUCACUAACUUUGUGGGGUUUUUUUUCUUUUAAAAGUAACACUAAAUCAUCACAUUGUACAUAUGAAAAACCUUAAAGUUCAGUUAGUAUCACAGAGGACAAAAAGGCAGGGUUAAAAAUGAGGAACUUUUACCUUUAUAUUAAAAAAAAUUUUUUUUGGUUGGAAAAAAAAAUUCAAGUCAAGCAUCUGAUUAUAAUAUUUCAGUAUAUCUCUGUUGGUGGGUGGUGAACUAAAAUGGUCCAUCUGGUUAAGGAACAGAUGCCUUACAGUGUAUACCUAGGUACUAUGUUUACCUAGUCUUAACUUUCUUCUGGAUCUGCCUGACGACUAGGAAUAAAUUAGCCCUCUAAACUCGGUUCAGUUUAACGUUUGCCCCUAUGUUUUCUAAGUAGAUUUUUUCUUCUCCCAAGUCCUUUUUAAAGUAUUAUUUUUACCAAUGUGCUCCUUUCAUAGCUCCUCUGUGGUGAAUUAAAUUUGAGUUAAAAUACUUCGAUUUAAAAAAAAUUUAACAGAAGGUCCUACGUUAAAAGUUUUGGCCUUCUUAACAGAAAUGAUCAUGACUUCAUCUGUUUCUUCUUUUUCUUAAAUGACUCAUGAUUUUGUCCAAAAAUUUUUGUUGUUUUCCUUAGUGCUAAUUCCUUGCCUCUUAUUCCAGCUAUAGACAGUAGGGGAUGAUGAUGUUGGCAUUCAGAUUAAAUAAAUAUUGUGCCUUAGGAGACUGGAAAUUUUAAAAUGUACAAGUUCUUUCAAUGAUGAGGGGAUUGAUAAAAAAAAAAAAAUUUUUUUCCUAAACAGUCAAAAUGUUUGUUUCUUCAAUUCUGAAAUGUGUUGUGACAAUAACCUAUUUAUGAUCUUAAACCUUUUUUUAAAAAUGUU